AUGCGUCUCGUCAUCCGUGAAAGCCCCCAAGAGGCAUCCAACUAUAUCGCAGAGUAUAUUAUCAGCAGGAUUAUCUCUUUUAACCCUUCAGAAGAGAAGCCCUUCGUCCUCGGACUUCCCACUGGAGGUAGUCCUAUCUACAUAUACAAGAACCUCAUCAACGCAUACAAGGCCUCAAGGAUAUCCUUUCGUCAUGUUGUCACAUUCAACAUGGAUGAGUACGUUGGCUUGCCCCGUGAUCAUCCUGAAUCCUACUCUUCAUUUAUGCACCGGAGUCUGUUCAAACAUAUCGACAUCCAGCCUCAAAACAUCCACUUGCUGAAUGGUAACGCGUCAAAUCUGUUUGCUGAGUGCCAAGAAUAUGAAGACAAGAUCAAGUCAUUUGGCGGCAUUGAACUCUUCCUUGGUGGCGUAGGAACAGAUGGACACAUCGCGUUCAAUGAACCAGGAUCUAGUCUUUCUAGUCGUACAAGAGUCAAGUCUCUUGCAUACGAGACAAGGAUCGCCAAUGCACGGUUCUUUGAUGAUGACAUCGAUGAGGUACCGGACAUGGCAUUGACUGUUGGGGUGCAGACUGUCAUGGAUGCCCGAGAAGUGGUGAUCAUCGCUACCGGAGCUUCAAAAGCCUUGGCAUUGCAGCAGGCUGUUGAAGGCGGGGUGAGUCAUCUUUGUACACUCUCGUGUCUUCAACUUCACCCAAAGAGUAUGGUUGUGGUUGAUGAGGAUGCGACACUUGAGAUGAAGGUGAAGACUGUCAACUACUUCAAAGAUGUUGCGAAGACCAUUAAGCAAAAGGAAUUCUCAGGCCAGCUGCCUCCUUCACCAACCCUUACAGCUGAUGGGGAUGAUGAAGGAGACUUGAAGCCCGAUAAUAUGGCUUCACGCAUAUCACCCGUCACCAGAGUCCGUUCAGUCACCUUUCCCACCAACAUGUGA